AUGCUUUAUUUAUUAUUGUUCAUAUCACUGAUUGCCAAUGAAAAUAUAAUAUUUGGAAAACCAAUUCUGAAGGAAAAUGAUAUAUUCAGCUUGUCUCUUAUAAAAAGAUACUCUUACUCUUCAUCUAUAAGGAAACGAUCAUCAAUAAGCAAUGUGUAUCCACUUUACGAUCAAGAGCAAAUUGAAUAUUUAACAAAGAUAAAUAUCGGAACACCACCACAAGAAUUUCUUGUUUCAAUCGAUACUGGAAGUGCAGAUACAUGGAUACCGUCUAUAUCAUGUCCAGAUAAGGAAUGUCCAUAUAAAAAAUUUAAAACAAACAACUCUAGAACAUUGGAAUGGAUGAAUUCCUCCUUUGUUAUUCAAUAUGGAGCUGGCUCCAUCACAGGCAAUUAUGCCAAGGAUACGAUUCGUUUAGUGAAUAAUAAUAAGUUGGAAGAUCAACAACAGAUCAAGUCACAGAUCUUUGGUCUAGCUGAUUCUGCAAAAGACAACAUUAUCUCUCUUGCUACUCAAUCGAAUGGCAUCUUGGGUCUUUCUUUUCCUGCUUUAGCUGCUAAUAGUGAUACAAAGGAUGCCUAUGAUCCCAUUUUGUUUGCCCUUGCUCGUCAAAAAUUAAUUUCGGAGCCAGUAUUUUCGAUUUCGCUUGAUCAAGAGCAAAUGAUGAUAGGUGGCAAAGAUAAAAGCCUGUACAAGGGCGAUAUACAUUAUAUGCCUGUUGUUAAAAAUAUAAAUCCGAAAACAAAUGAACUUGACUAUACCUUUUGGUCGAUUGGUUUGAAGAAUAUCGUCCUUAACAAUCAUACGGAUGACUUAUUUAUUAAUAAGAGUCAAAAUGAUGAUACUUUAGUUAUUUUGGAUACAGGGACUACUUUAAGUUACUUGAAUAAAGAAUUGACAGAUAAAAUUGUUCGAUGGGUAACUCAAAGGGAAAAACUUUCGAUCAAUCCUGAUACAUAUCUAUACACUGUCGAUUGUAAACUUAGAGAAAAUAAGGAUAAACGGAAGCUGGUCUUUCUGUUUUCAUCAAUAAAUCAAGCGAUUGUAAGAUUUGAAGUAGAUAUUCAAGAUUUAAUUUCACCACCUAAAAAUGACAAUGAUAGUCAAGAUUGUAUCUUUGGUAUAACUUACAAUUAUGAUGAACAGAAUACGUUUGUGUUUGGUGAUUCUAUCUUAAGGUCCACUUAUCUUAUUUUUGACAUGGAUCAAAAGCAAGUUGGUUUAGCUACGAACUCUAAGAGUCGUUCUUUUAGCAAUGUGAAUACCCCCCUUUUUAUUAGUUAA